CUUGUGACUGCAUGGUGAUCUGGACUGGACAGAGUGGAGCGACCAGGUUUCUUCCAGUCAGCUGAGAAGCCGUGCCCUCCCACCCUGGAAACACAGAUAUGACUUGGCUUGUCAAAAAAUAUCCUCCCCUUCUCUCGUCAGUGGGUUACGUCAGCUGUGCUGCACUUCGACAUCUCAUUUAGUUUGUAUGCAAACCUUUGGACGCUUGCUGCUUCGGGGUUUGAUCACGGCUUGGUUAUCCAUAACUGUCGAGGUAAAUGAUGGACGAUAAUGUGCGGAUCAAUGUUGAAAAGUGCCCUGAGAAUGAAACUUUAGCCAUUAACGCCCAGACUAAUGGGGGCCUCUCAAAGGUGCAGGUCAUCCAUUAAACCUCCUUCCUGUGGUUCUCUCGUCUCUGUGGGAACAUUGUGGCUUCUGUUGAUGAUUAUGACUGCAUAUGCGUGCCCUAAGAGCUGUCACUGCACAGACAGAAACGGCGUGGUUGUGCAAUGCAACUCACGCAACUUGGAGAACAUUCCCCCGAACUUGCCCAAGGACACCGUCGUUCUCCUGCUCUCGUCUAACCGGAUCAGACACAUCCCCAAGGGGGCCUUCACAGACCUUCACCGCCUCAGGGAACUGGAUCUAUCUCACAACGCCAUAGAGAGCAUGGAGGUCGGCGCCUUUCAAGGAAUUCAUGAGGGCUUGCGGACCUUGGAUCUUUCCAACAACCACCUCAGCAGCCUCCCCAGGGACACCUUUGCCAAGCUCCACGCCCGCGUCCGCCUGUCCCACAACCCCUGGCACUGCGAGUGCUCCUUGCAGGAGGUGCUGAGGGAGCUGAGGCUGGACCCCGAGACGGUGAACGAGGUGAGCUGCUACACGUCGGUGCAGGAGGAGUAUGUGGGGCAACCGGUGAUCCAGGUCCUAGACUCUGGGAUCAACUUUUGCAACUUCCACCAGAAGACGACAGACGUGGCCAUGUUUGUGGCCAUGUUCUGCUGGUUCUCCAUGGUGACAGCUUACAUCAUUUAUUACAUCAGGCACAAUCAGGAGGACGCCAGGAGGCACAUGGAGUACCUCAAGUCCCUGCCCAGCACCUCCCACAUCAGCAAGGACUACGACACAGCUAGCAGUGUUUGAUUGUGUGUGUGUGUGAGAACAGAUGCAACUGCACCGAUGAAUAUAGAUGAAAGUGUACCGAUGAAUACGUUUACAGCAUAUGAGGAACAUUGAUAAGGGACAGAUAAAACUCUGCUCUAUGACAUACACGGCACAAGGCACAAAGACAGGAGGAGGAGGUUUAAAAAUCACAUCAUCAUCAUCAUCAUCAAGUGCUGACGUAAAACUAGCACCAGACUCUUUCAAGCCAAAACAAAAAACCCUAAAAUGAAUCGGCUCAAAUAUGAGACCUGCAGGAAAAGUCGAUUUGUUUCCUUUCUACGAUAACACAGUGGCAGGUCAUUAUUUUUCACUGAAAUGUUAUGUAUAGUGCAUAAAAGUAUCUCUAAGGUAAACUUCACCGAAACCACAAACAUUUUUUCGUAUCGUUAUGUGGUUUUAAGAGUUCACUGUGAAUUCAUCUGCCAAGCGAGGCGAACCUGAGAGCCACUUCACUGUCAAUCAGAGUUCAGUGAAAUGAGGUACCUGAAAAAUAAUCCCCACAGCUUCAGCAGGGGAUACUUGUAGAGAAAUAUCUCUGUUAGGUUUAAAGUUGUUUUUAUGAAGGAGCGUUAAGUUAUAUAAUGUUUUUAAAAAAAAAAAAAAGUAAAUCCUGACCGGGGACUUUGUAGCAAAGAGAGAGUGAAAAAAUAUUUUAAGUGAAUUAUGUGUUAAGUGUAAAGAGUUUGUAUGUUUAAUACUCCUUAAAGUAUGCCACUGGACCCUUCUGCUACUCCUACGCCUUACAUUUAAGGUGGAAUUGCAACCGAGAAUUAAAUUACACACUGAAACACUUGUCAUUUCACUUAAUGUUUCUCUUUGAAAUGUAAUAACUUUGUCCCAUUUGAGAGUGAAAAUAAUCCAUUUAUGUCACAGAAAACUGCGAUUAGAUGAGCCUGUCAGCUGCUGAACAAAUAUUGUUGAGAUUUUUUUUUUUUUCUCUAAACAAUUUCACAGGCUGUUAAAAAAUUGCUCUCACAUAACAUUUCUCAAUUUUAAGGUAGUUGAAAGUUAUUUCAUGCAGUUUUAGGAUGAAUCAUUGUGGAUGAAUAGCCGAACCACCCAAAAAGUCUAAUUCUAACACGUUAACACAUCAUAUUAAAAACACUAGACAACAACAAAGACGUGGGUUAAAGUACUGUUUGAAACAACUUUUGUCAAUAUGUGCCCUCACUAGAUCUGAUUUUCUUCCAAAACAAACACAUUUCAGCAGAUUCAGUCAGCAAUCUCUAGAUAGAUGACUCACCUCCUGUUGUGCCUCACAUCUGAAAUUAAUUUGUUCACUUUGGAGCCAUUUUGUCCUCCAAAUUAAAUGAAAUACAUCAUCUAUAAACGCCCUGCAGAAUGAUGAGUUUUCUAAUCUGAUGCCCCUAUCAUAGUGCCUUCCAAAACCACUACAAAUAACUUGUACAAAAAUAAAACUGUUGUGUGAUCUGACAUCACUAUGGUUAGGGUUUGGUUCGGUUUAGGGGCAAAAACAACUUUGUAAGAUGUAGGCAAAGAUUGUGGUUUGCAUUAGAAUAACUACUUGGUUACGACUGUAGUCAACAGUAGGAAAGAUGAAGCCUCCCAUGCUAGAGUUUAACAUUUUCUUGACCCAUCCCCCUCUGUGGAUUUUGUGGCUUUGUUGACCUUACACGACCUGCCCGUUUUUUUGAUUAUUCUAUUUCCGGUUUUGUCUCUUAACGUCCGGUUGCUUCUGCUGGCUGUAAACACAAGUAAAAAAGGUCCUGAUUGGUUCACACAGCCUAUUAUACAUCUCUCAAAGUUGGAAACAUAUGUACACAUAUUUGAGGAGGUUGUAUGGCCCGACACGAUCACAUCCGCCACAGAUAUCAGAUUAAAAGAUGAUCAGUACAAUGAUUCAAGUUAUUACUCACGAUAAUAUAAAUUGGAAUAAUGAGCUUUUUAAUAAGGUGAUCACAAUCCACAGAUGUCAAUGUUCCCUGUUUCCAGUGUAAACAGGAAGUUGAAAGACAAAAUUAUAGAGUUCGAAAUGCUGCUGGAACACAUGAGGUCAAUAACGUCAUUAUUUCCACCUUUUCUCCCGAUGGACAAGAGUCAUAACUCCUGUGGUUAUUUGAACAUAAACAUGUCAGUUUGGGGUAUUCGCUGAAACGACUGAAGCUGUCGACUGAGGCUGUCUUCUCUGAUUCUGGUUUUAUCUGUUACAGCCCCAAUUAGAAUGAAACGAUGGGUGUAUUUUUUAAUUACAAUCUCGACUUUAUGUCAAGUCAAUUUUCUCGGAGCUCCUGUCCUUUCAUGGGUCUGUGAGCAUCAUUAAGUCGGAUAGGCCCACAGCUGUCUUGCUACUUAUCAAAAAAAAAAAGUGCUGGAUUAUUUACUUUUCUUUCUUCUUUGGGCAAUAAAAUAAAACUAAAGUUAACAUUUAUCUGCUUUUUCUCCCUCAGGAACAUAAGAAAUGUUUGUUUGAUGGGGAAAGAGAUUUGAAUCCAUCUUCUGUAUUUUUUUUUAAUGGUCAUUGUUGUCACACCCUCUAGCCAAUAAAUGCACUGUAACUUUGAAACCUCUCAAGCAAUCCUUUACCAACUGAUCUGCAGCCAUGACACAUUCCUCACAAUGAGAUCUAGUUAUUUAUCCCUCCAGAUUACUAUGAAAAAUACCCGCAGCUCCAAAUAUGGAACCCAUGCAUCUUCAGCUGCAUAGAUCGGGAUGAGGCAGAGUAUUAAUACGUGUCUUGCAACCCAAAAAUAGUUUCAAUCCGCUAACAGUUAAGAUCCAUAAAUCUAAUGAGCCUUUGUGGAGGGCAUUUCGGGGGCUGCUCACUUCGUAUCUCACUGCUAUCCAUUUAUAUAAUCAUCAAAAUGACUUGAUCUAGUGCUAGUCAUUUUGUGAUUUUUUUUUAUAAAUACUAAAUUUGCUGUCAUCUGAUUACUAUCUGUCAGCCAGCACAUAGCACAUAAAAUACUUUAUCUUUUACUGACCUUAUAGUCUUCAAACCUCAACCCAUCUCUCCUUUUAAUGGGUCGUAACGUUAAUUACAGUCUACAUUGCUGUGUCUUAGAAGUCCCAAUGGUCACAGAGUACAUCAUAAUGAAUGGAGUAUUAUUAAUUAGCUGGAAAUAGUCGAGGUCAGUGUGUCUCUGUAAGUUUAAAUUCAGAGAAAAUGAGUGGCAUUUCAGCGUUAAGCGGAGAAACUGCAUCUAUAGAAUAUAAAAGAUUUCUUCAACACUUGGGCAAUGCUCCAAUCCAUCUCUGUGUAUCAUAAUUACCUCUAACUGAAACAUAAUUAUUAAAUACAGGAAGGGCUGUUUUUUGACAGACAGCUAAAUGUGACAAACUUUGUCACAACCUCAAUUUAUAGCAAAGGUCGGCAGUGCUUCAUCGAAACUGUCUUUGAUUAAAGUCCCUGCUUGCAUAAUCAAUUACAUCACCUCCCAGUAUACCUUGAUCCUGCUUUAAAAGGCGCAAAACAAAACAAAAAUCCUCACCAACUUUUCUCUGUGCUCUCGCUUCUUUAACAGCACUCUUGAAUUGUCACUCUAGGGAUUCUUGGUUGCUCUUGAUAUACGAUUUAGGCUUGUUUUGCUGCCAAAAUCUGUAAACAGGAGAAUUGGCUUCAUGUCUACACAGUGGCCCCUGAUUUUGGUUUUUGUAAAGCCACAACAACAAAAAAUACUCCCUUAUACCACACUAUCCCUUUAAAUGUUGGCAAAUGCAUCGUUUUAUUAAUGUUGUAUUAUUCAGUAUUCCUAUUAUGUCUAAUCUAUUGAAGUGUCAUUGAUUGAUAUGAAUUUGUCCCACAGCAAAGGGCAAAUGGGAGAUUUACCACUUCCACAGAAUAUGUAGGUGAUGCUUACAGAUUACCUGAAGGCCAAGUCUUCACCCUGUGUCCUUACCUGUAAGCAAUGACCUUCAGUAAAAUGGAAACUGUCAAGAGGCAAAUGUGUAUGCUGAGUAGUUUUAGUUUCUCUUUUAUCACUGUCUAAGGUUCUAGACUCUUCUCAAGGUUAAUUCAUUCUUGCGUGUUAAACUAAUUAAAUUCAAACAUUUUUGGCAUGCUUACUCUGACUUGUCACCUGCUCCCAAGUGGCCAAAAGGAAAAGUGUCUGACUGUCUAUGUUGAUUCACAGAAACAAAAGGGUACGUGAGUAUCCGAGCAUCGAUCUCUCUCGCUGCCUCUCGUAUGUUGAAUGCAUUCACUCUGUUCUGUCCCAGUUUGACAGAAACAUAUUUUGUUAAGAAACACAUGAUGAUCAGGCCGGUUAGCUCAGAGUGUGUUGCAAAUAACACCAAGGUCGCGGGUUCAAUCCCUGCACUGACCAGUGACAAUUAUUUAAUGAGCCAAUGAAUCUGGAGCUGCUGCAAGAUGUAAGCAAAGUUUACCUGAUCUUCCUACUGAUGUCAACACAUGCAAGCGGCAAAAGCAAUAUUGGUCCAUUCUCUCCAUUAUGUGUUGCUUCUCUGACUUUUAAAAAGUCAUGUGUGUGCAGAUUCAAUUCCUGAAAUUGCCUUUGAUGAUUUGAGUCAGUAACAUUGCAAUAUAAUCUCACAACUGAACCCCUCCGCAAAGCAUUCAAGGUUGACCGCUCCUCCCUGGCUCAGAGAGAGAGAGAGAGAGCAGCGAUGGUCGAGUGAGCUAGA